AUGGGCCAUUACAAAUUACCAACCCAGAAAACAUCGAACCAUGGAACUUCAUUGUUGAACUGCUUAACCAAGAAGGCCACCAAGGAGGCCGCCACCGCCGCCGCCGCCAUUCUUCUUCUUCUGACCAUCGACAAGACCACCAAGACCAAGACCGCUCAGCAGUUGACCAACAAGUCCCAAGACGCCGUUGAGCAACAGACCGACAGCGGCCAAGAUCUGGAAGAGAGGCUCGGCCAACAGUCCCCAAAGUGGGUUGAGCUCCUUCUUGGCGUGUGGCAUGCCCUCAAGCUUCUUCUUGGCAUCCUCGAUGCACUUGGUGACGGUGCCGGUCAGCUCCUUGAGGUUCUCCGCCAGGUGGUACUCCUCGGGAGUAGCUUCACGGCUGGCUGUCUUGUGCUUGGCGUUGGCCUGGAUGCGUCCAUCGGGGUCGAGGCCACGGAUGCCACCGUUGGCCUCGGAAAGGAUCUUGCCACCUUCCUCAAUCAGGGGCCUUACGUCCUUGACAAGAGCUUCCUCGUCAAGCUCGUCCUUGGGAAAACUUACGCUGUUGAUCAUGGCGCAGAUGGGCUUGAUUUUCUCCAAAACGCCCUCGAUAAGCAUGCUCAUCUUCUUGGCAAGCUCCUUGUCCUUCUCGGUCUGCUCCUCCUUGGCCUUCUCCUCAGGGGACUUUUCCUCAACUGGCUCCGGAGGGAUAUCCUCAAGCAGAGAAACGUGACCAAUGGUGGUGCCCUUGCCGUCGACGACGUCUCCAUCGUCAUCGAUCUCCUUGCCAGAGCAGAUGCUGAGGUUGCCGCUGGUGAGCUUGCCAACGAGGUUGCCAUCUGCGUCGACGACGUUACCCUCCUUGUUGACACGACGGCCAGAAAGAGGGUUCUUCUUCUUCUCGACCUCAGGCUCCUCGUAGCGUUCGGCGUGGCCAAGGACGUUUCCGUUCUUGUCGCACACAUCGCCAUCUUCAUCGACGCUACGACCGGCCAAUGUCUUGCCGUCGCCCUUGGUCAGGCGACCGACAACAUCGCCGCCUGGGGUGACGACCAUACCAUCUUUGCGGACAGUGAGACCCUCGAGCUCGGCGAAGGGACCUUCCUUGGAGCCCUCACGCUCGCCCUCGGUCACAAUCUCGGCGCGGCCGAUAACGUCGCCGCUCUCGCUGAGAAUGUUGCCCUUCUUGUCGCACAUACGGCCGACCAUGCGCUUGGGGUCGCCCUCAACAACGCGGCCGAAGAUGGUACCGCUGCUGUCAACGACGUUGCCGGCCUUGAUGUCGCCGUCGGGGUCAACCUUCAUGCCGCGGAGCUUCUUGAUGUCGCCCUCGAUGACCUUGCCGAUCUCCUCUUCGUUGAAUACGACCAUACCUUUGGCGUUGACGGUAGCGUCGGGGAAGGCCUCGAACGGGCCGGAUUCCUUGGUCAUGGUCUCAAGCUCGUCCUUGGGAAUCGGCUCGGCCCGACCAAUGAUCUCGCCACUGUCGUUCCAGAUGGCGCCCUCCUCGUCGACCCUCUUGCCGACGAGGUGGGCCAUAACGCCCUCUUUGAUACGGCCAAUGACCUUGCCGUCGCCGUUGACGACGUUGCCGCCCUUAUUGACCUUGCCACCCUUGAGGAUCGAGAAGUCGACCUUGUCGGCCUCCUCCUCAAUCUUCUCACCGGCCUCGUCGAGCUUCUCUUCACCCUCCUCCUUCGUCUCGUCAACCUUCUCGCCGGCUUCGUCAAGCUUAUCUUGGCCAGCUUCUGUAGUUUCGCCGAGCUUUUGCUCGCCGUCCUUGGUGGCGUCGUCAAGCUUAUCUUCAGCAUCUUCUUUCGUCGCGUCGACCUUUUCGCCAGCCUCGUCGAGCUUCUCCUCACCAGCUUCGGCAGUCUCGUCGAGCUUCCCUUCUCCCUCCUCCUUCGUCUCGUCAACCUUCUCGCCGGCCUCGUCAAGCUUCUCUUGGCCAGCUUCUGUAGUUUCGCCGAGCUUUUGCUCGCCGUCCUUGGUGGCGUCGUCAAAGUCCACUUGGCUGGUGGCCUCGUCGGCCUGGCUCCCGGCCAGACCUGUAGCUUCACCGACCUUGCUAGUGGCAUCGCCGACUUUGCUUCCGGCGUCCUUGGCGAUGUCGCCGACCUUGCUGGUCGCAUCCUGAGCGGUCUCCGUUACGGGCUCAGCGGCAUCACCCAGCUGACCGGUGACCUUGCCGAGCGCGCUCUUGUCCUGGUCCAAGGCUGCCAACGGGUUGUUGCUGCUUCCGUCCUCGGCGGUCUUCUUGAUCCUCUCCGUGCUGGUCUCGCUCAUGGGCUCGGGCUCAACCUCAUCAAGGUCGUGCUUGUCCAUGUCGACACCGCUGUCGCCAUCGCCUUCGGCGUCGACAUUGCUAUCGACCUUGCUAUCAACUCUGCUACGCGAGUCGACGGCAUCCUCAGGCGUCAGCUCCUCGGCCGGCACUUGGUCAUCUUCAUCAGUAGGCAGAUCCUUCUUGGCCCCGUCAGCGACCUCUGA